UGGCAUUUUUCUCUAUCAGUAAGCUCGUGGACGGGGCUUGCCCACGUCGAGGAAACACUUUUUAAUCAGUGCAGAUUGCUUGGAACAGAGAACGGCGGAACCCUCCUUAGGCAAACGGUAGCUACCGCUCUUUAUGCAAACAGAGCUGUGAUAUAAAAUCGCCGGCUUGGGCAGAUUCUCAUCCCUGACUGGUAGCCUCCUUCGGAGCGGAGAGGAGGAGGUCACGGCCGCCAUGGAACCCAAGGCCCUCUGCAUCCUGGUCGUGGUCUUCUCGCUGGCCCUCAGCACCCUGGCCCAGACCGAGGCCGAGACGUGUACAGUGGCCGCCCAAGCAAGAACAAAUUGUGGUUUUCCCGGUGUCACGGCUUCAGAGUGUAAAGAUAAAGGCUGUUGUUUUGACGACACUGUCCGUGGAGUCCCGUGGUGCUUCCAUCCUGUGGCUGUGGACGACUCUUCGGAAGACGAGUGCCCAUUUUAGACACUCUUCCGGCGGGAAUGGCAUCUUGAGGUGGACCGGCCCUCUGCCUGGGGGCCAGGGGUUCAGCCGCGUCACUGGCCCGACAGCUCUGGAUCCUUCUAUGUCUGUGCCUCGGCUCGCUGCGUGGAUGGCCU